UUCCAAGCAGAAUUUUGCCAAAAACGUUUCCGUUAUCUAGGAGCUGCGUACUUCCAGCGUAAGGGCUUGAUACCCUGCGCUGGAGCCAGUUCCCUUCCAAGAAUGUGUGAUUACACAGCGGAGCGUAUGCUCCCACCCAGCUUGAGAGGCUGAAAAGAACAGGAAAGGCUGAGCCAAAAUGUCAGUUGCAGUUGCGGCGAGGUGUGGUUCCCUAGCUGCAGUGGAAGCAGCUCUGCAGUCUGGGAACGACGUGAACGGGUGCGUCAAAGGGGAGAGCAUUGGCCUGCACAUUGCGAUCUGGAGAAACGACCUGAGGAUUAUUGAGAGGCUGCUAGCGGCAAAUGCUUGUCCGGACAUUCAAGAUACGGAAUCUGGCUGGACCAGCCUGCACCGCGCUCUCUACCUUGGCCAUCUGUCUGCAGCUGCUCUCCUACUGGACGCUGGAGCGCAGCUGUCUAUCCAGGACUUCAAGGGGCGCAUACCGUUGGACUUGCUGUCAGCUUCGCUGAAGGCGUACCUCCUGAGUGGGACGGCGAGCGAGGUGUACAGCUGGGGCAAUGGGGCGAACUAUCAGCUGGGCACAGAGGCGGAGGGGUUGCAGCUCACUCCCAACCGACUGGACAGCCUGCAUGGGACACCCAUCGUUGCCCUGGCAGCAGCCAAGUUCCACAGCGCAGCAGUCGCCAAGGACGGCUCUCUGUACACCUGGGGCUUUGGCCGAGGUGGCCGCCUGGGCCAUCCGGAGUUUCACAUUCACAGCGGGGAGAGUGCGGUGAUUCUGCCGCGUCUGGUGGCAUUGCCGGGGCGCCGCACAGUGGCGGCAGUGGCGACAGGCAAGCAUCACACAGUGGCGGUGACUCGUGCGGGCGAGCUCUUCACCUGGGGCUCCAACCGCGACGGCCGCCUCGGCUACACCGCUGUCGACUCGCAGCCCACCCCCAGACGUGUGACGAGCAUGCGGCAGCGGGUGAUGGCGGUGGCGGCGGCAAACCGGCACACGGUUGUGCUGGCAGAGGGCGGCACCGUGUACAGCUGGGGCAGCAACCUGCAGGGGCAGUUGGGCUAUGGCACCUCCGAUUCCGCCUCCAAUGCGGUGCCGCGCAUCGUGGAGGCCAUGGUGGGGAAGACCAUCACGGCGGUGGCAGCGGCCAAGCGCCACACGGUUGUUCUGACUGUGGAGGGCGAUGUGUACACUUGGGGCCACCGUGUGGUCACUCCCAAGCGAGUGCAGCUUGCAGGUGCACGCGAUGUGGCUAGGGCAGCCAAUGCGAGUGGCGCUUCUGCAGGCGGCUGGGAGGUAGUCUUCCACAGGGGCCAAAGCCAGGUCGCCAGACCUCAUGCUGUGGCUGUGUGUGCCGGCGCUGCACACUCUGCUUGUUUGGACCAGUCUGGUGCAGUGCUGGCGUGGCGGAGCGCCGACCCGCGCCUGCACGUCCAGGAGGUUGGGGGCGACCUGGCCGGCAAGCGCGUUGUCCACAUCGCGGCAGGCAAGUAUCGCACGGCGACGGUGACGGACGAGGGCGAUGUGUACAUGUGGGAGGGCUGGUCCAAGCCCGCAGAGCUGAGCGCCGGCCGCGGCUGUGCGCUGUCCAGGGUGGAGGGCGUGAAGAGGGUGACGCACGCAGCGGUCGGCGAGAAGCACUCGCUGGCGCUGCAGUCGUGGUGCGCGACGCCGCUGGCCCUGCGCAUGCGCUCGGCCCCCAGCGGAGCCCUUUCUUCCGCGCUUAGUGGCCUCCUGGACCGCGCGGCCAGCGCCGUGGACUCGGAGGGCCUGCCCGGGCCGCUGGAAGAAAUGGAGCUGGCGGGCGGGCCGGCAAGCCUGCAGCGGCUGUGCGAGCGCACGGUGGCACGCCACAUGGUAGAGCCGCGCUCAGCCCUCGCCCUGCUGCAGUUUGCGGACGCGGCGGGCGCCGAGCUGCUCAGACAGCACUGCCUGGCGGUCAGCCCCAAUCCCCUUGAACAUCUUUUGGUUUACUCCAUCUCAUAUACAAAUGCUGCAGGUCAAUAG